CCUGGAGUAGGCCUCGGUCCUCCUAACGCACUUGUGUCCGGGUGGCGAUUAGCUGCCUGCUCCUCUCCCGCUGCUCACUAGGGGUCUCUGUUCCCCCAGGUGCCUGUGAGCUGGACAAUGAGGCUGGCCAUGGCAGCUCUGUUUGUGGGCCUGGCGAUGGUGGUCACCGGAUUCCAGGGGAAGGAGGAGCUGUGUGCGCCCAAGGCUGUGAAUGCCACGGAUACUGACUUCUGCAAGGGCCUAGAAGUUUUCUACCCAGAGGUGGGGGAGGUCAGCUGCAUGGUUGUUCCGAGCUGCAACAGCUACAGACAGAAGAUCACCCUCUGGCCCCCGCCGACAGUCAAGUUCCCGAAGGCCUCGGAGAGUGCAACCUACAUGCUGAUAAUGGUGGAUCCCGAUGCCCCUAGCAGGUCUUCGCCCCAAGCUCGGUUCUGGAGACAUUGGCUGGUGACAGAUAUCAAAGGCGCUGACAUGAAGAAAGGGGAGAUAAAGGGCCAGGAGUUAUCACCCUACCAGCCUCCUACCCCACCACCCCAAAGUGGCUUCCAUCGCUACCAGUUCUCCGUCUAUCUCCAGAACGGAAAGGCCAUCUCUCUGCUUCCAGAAGAAAGCGCAGGCCUAGGCUUUUGGGAUAUGGAUAAAUUUCUGAGUCGCUUCCAGCUGACUGAACCUGAAGCAAGCACCCAGUUCAUGACCCAAAAUCACAAGGACUCACCAGAUGCCGAUGUUCCCGUCCGAGGAAGCAGUAAGCCCAAAGACCAACUCAAGACCUCAGGCCUCGCCUUACCGGUGUGUGUCCACAUUGCCCACCACCUAUAGUCUGGAUGUGGAAUCCCCGCUGGGUAUGAAACCCCUGCUCUUCCAAAUUAAAAAAAA